AGUUUCACAUUUUACACCUUGGUAUUGCUACAAGAUGGCGGUUUUAUUCCUAUAAUCAAAUACCUCUGUUUUUUUAGGAAAUUCGUUUAGUGAAGGAGCGUAGCAUAGAUUUGAAGCGUUCAUUAAUAGCUGCAAAUUUAAUAUAUUUAUGCGUUGCUUUGUUUACGUUUCUAGGAAGGUAGUGGUAGUUAGACGUAGUCAUGAGUAACAUAUACAUUCAGGAGCCACCCACAAAUGGCAAGGUUCUGAUAAAGACGACAGCCGGCGAUAUAGAUGUGGAACUCUGGUCCAAAGAGGCACCGAAGGCAUGCAGGAAUUUUGUCCAGCUUUGCAUGGAAGGUUAUUAUGAUGGGACGAUAUUCCACAGGGUGGUGCCGGACUUCAUCAUACAGGGGGGGGAUCCCACGGGCACAGGGUCUGGUGGGGAGUCUGUGUACGGACAUCCUUUUAAGGAUGAGUUCCAUUCCAGGUUGCGCUUUAACCGACGGGGCCUGGUCGCCAUGGCAAACGCAGGCCCCCAUGAUAAUGGCAGCCAGUUCUUCUUCACUCUGGGUCGCGCCGACGAGCUCAAUAACAAGCACACCAUCUUCGGGAAGGUGACCGGCGAUACCGUGUACAACAUAUUGAGGCUGGCAGAAGUCGAUUGUGACCGGGAUGAAAGACCCCUGAACCCGCACAAGAUACGCUCCACCGAGGUCCUGCACUGCCCCUUUGAUGACAUCGUGCCGAGGGAAACCAGAAAGGCAAAAAAGGAGAAGGACAAGGAUGACUCAAAGAAGUCCCAGUCCAAAGCGACCAAGAAUUUCAGCCUGCUGUCUUUUGGAGAGGAAGCAGAAGAGGACGAGGAGCUAGUGAAUAAAGUCAGCCAGACCAUGAAAGGGAGAAGCAAGAGCAGCCACGACCUACUGAAGGAUGACCCACGCCUCAGUGCCGUGCCAGCGGUCGAGCGGGAUGAAUCCAAAAAUGCAGCUGGUCGGAAUAAGCAGGGAAGUGACGACGAGGAGGAUGACGAAAGCGAGGAGGCGGGGCAAAGCGGCCACAAGAGGCCCAGGGAAGAAGUGCCGAAGGCUGAACCUGGCGAGGAGGAGCGCGGGAAGAAGAGCAGUCGCAGUGAAGAGCUCCGCAAAGAGGCCCGACAGCUGAAGAAGGAGCUGCUGGCCAUCAAGCAGAGGAGAGCAGACAUUAGCAAGCCAGAGGAGGCUGACGAUGGUGUUGACGGGAAGGCCCCAAAUGAGGCAGUUGCUGAGUACCUCGAAGGGAGGAAGAAGUACGAAGACCUACGGAAACAGAAGCUGAAGAAGGGGUCCUCCAGGGAGGCACAGACGCUGGCACUCUUGGAUAGAUUCAAGACCAAGCUUUCGGAAGCCAUCAGUGAGACCCCAGAGGCCCCCGAAGAAGAUGUAGAGGAGUUGGGGGAGGAUGAUGACAAAGGAUGGAUGGUCCACGUGCUCCAUUUCGACGAGCACACCAGAAAAGUGAAGGAUGCCAACGUGCCGGACGAGGAUACCUUCGAGAUCUAUGACCCGCGCAACCCCGUGAACAAGCGCAGGCGGGAGGAGAGCAAGAAGCUGAUGAAGGAGAAGAAGGCGCGGAGGUGAGCGGAGGCGCGGAUAAGAACCGGCUGGCCUCCCGUCAGAGUGAUCUGGGCCUUUUCCUCUGCUUGGGCACUUAGCCAUGCAGGAGGCCAGAUCCAUGCACCUGGAACUUUCUAGAAUGUAGUUUUCUAUGUUUAAGGAGCAGAGGAACACAUACAUGUAUAGUAAUGGACCUAUAUGCUGAAUGGUACUGGUUUAAUACCCAGCUGUACCGCCUCGUAGAAACAGCAGAAUUCCCGCUGUGACUCGUCCGUCAGUGAGGCCAUAUGCUCAGUGGCCGCCGCUUGACCGCUUUCCCAUGAACGCUUGUCAGCUGUACCUGUGGUUUGCAGAAGCUUGGCAACUUGCGUGUGUAGGCUCUUUCUGCGAGUGCGUUUCGGUUUUACCGCAUGUGUUUUGGGUCGAGUCCCAAGGACGGUUCCGGGGAAAAGAUAUUUGUGAUGUAAUCCAGCUUUGCCUCUGAGCCUGUUUCUGGUAAUCACCACCCUACAGCUACCAAAACAGCUGUUCCAUCUCUCCUUUAUGCCAUUGAGUUGUUUCUGUCGUUUGGUUGUGUGGAUGAGAAUCACUGAAUAAAUUUUUCUAACUAAA